UUGGUGCUGAAGUGCACAGUCCCGUGUUUCUCCCUGUGAUUCGUGUUGGUCCGCAUUUUAAACAUCAGCGAAGAUGACAUCACUUGACUGGCACUCUGGUGAGGACCAGUACUUCGGAAGCUACACGUCAUUUCUGUACCUCCUUGACAUUGCGGGAGAAAACAGAAGUUUCUUUGGAAUUUAGCAACUUAUUUCCGUGGAAGUGACUUCUGAGAGGUUUUUUUCGUUUUCUGUGGCUGGUAACACCAAACUGUGAGGUGUUCUUCCCCAAAUCUUUGUGGAGCAUAGUUUCCUCUUAUUUUCCAUCCCUACUUCCCCCACCCUUCCCCCAAUCCCAUCAUGUCCUUAAAAGAGCAUCUUGAGAAGUACCGGGACGUGGACGAAGACGAGAUUUUGAAAAAGCUGUCGGACGAGGAGCUGCGGAAACUCGAGCAUGAACUGGACGAGCUGGAUCAGGAUGACCAUCACCUGCCUGCGGGGAUGAGGCAGAAGGACCAGACCAAGAAGCCCCCCACGGGGGCCUUCCAGAGGGACACCCUGCUGGCACACCUGGAGAAGCAGGCCAAGGAGGACCCGGACAAGCCAGACCCCGUGCCCUACACUGGCCAGAAGAGAGGGAAGGCCUGGGUGCCCCAGCAGAAGAUGGUGACCUCAGUCAGAGAGAAGGUGACCUUGGAGCCUGAACUGGAGGAGGCACUGGCGGUUGCUAAUGAUGCUGAGCUGUGUGACAUCGCUGCCAUCCUGGGGAUGCAUACGUUGAUGAGUUCACAGCAGUACUAUGAAGCCCUAUCCAGCAGCACCAUUGUCAACAAGCAGGGUUUGAACAGUGUUAUUCAGUGCACCCAAUAUAAACCAGUUCCUGACGAGCAGCCGAACUCCACGGAUGUAGAGGACACUCUGCAGAGAAUCAGGAGGAAUGACCCUGACCUGCGAGAGGUCAACCUCAACAACAUCCAGAACAUUCCGGUGCUCACCCUCAGAGAGUACGCAAAGGCCCUAAAGCACAACACCGCGGUGCAACAGCUGAGCAUUGUGGGAACGCGGAGCACUGACCUUGUGGCCUAUGCCCUGGCAGACAUGCUGAGAGUGAACAGCACACUGAAGAGCCUGAAUGUGGAGUCAAACUUCAUCACGGGGGCUGGGAUCCUCGCUCUCAUGGAGUCACUGCAGUUUAACACCACCCUGCUGGAACUCAAGAUCAACAACCAGAGUCAGGCCCUGGGGAACAGGGUGGAGAUGGAGAUGGCCCGUAUGCUGGAGCAGAACUCCACCCUGCUGAAGUUCGGCUACAACUUCACCCAGCAGGGUCCCAGAAUGCGCUCCUCCAACGCCGUGAUGAACAACAAUGACUUGGCUCGGGUGGAUCGCUCACUUAAAGACGGCUCCGUCACCCUCACCUUGUCCGUCUCCGAGCUGGAGAAGGCCUUUAAAAAGAAGUUCAGGUUCAGAUCCAAAUAAAAAUUGCCACUGACGAAAUAAAAAAAGGAAAAAGCGCAAAGCACAAAGCAUGAUGGGACAUCUGUCUUACCCAAGUGUCAGAUGGGCACGUAGUCCCCACCGACCUUCUUUGGGACACACCCCAAAAAAACCUCCAAACCCCCCACCCUCCUCCCUCUCCUGAAGCCAUUCUACUGUUGGGAGACAAGGUUUGCCCCAACCUGACCCUCACCCUGCCUUGCCAAAUUCCUGGUCUUCUUACAGUGGGAACCUGGCCACAGCCAAUGACAAUGAACCAGGAACAGACAAAAAAGCCAGUGCAACAGAAUACCAGCAUGCACUUGAACUGUGCACUCUGAUUAUAUCAAACACAUGUGUGUUUGUAUCAAAUGCAUAUUUUCUGACCCACUGAAUCGGGUUCAAUAAAAGUAAACUGGUAAGUAGAUGUCAAUGCAAGCACGACAUGGAAGGAGUUUCAUCCAAUCACAACUGCAAAAUGGACUCAUGAUUUUAUUUAGUCAAAGGAUGGGACUGGAACUUUAAGGUGUGUACAUUCAGCACAGUGUGUUAAUACCUGUAUAUGACACAGAAAUAAUCAGAUAUCUGGUAAUGAUGACUUCAUCUGUGACCUGAUUUAUAUAGAAUAGCGCACCUUUUUUCAGAUAUAUUUUUGCUUAUUUUUAAAUUAAAGGCCUCCUCUCUGAUUAUCAUUGAACCUGACAUCACCACAAAGCCUUUUUCCCACUGUCAUAUACAUGCAUGCACUGGUUUGCUCAGGAAAACAGCUGUGUAAUUUAGCUAAUGGGACUGACCUACUCGGAAAUUCAGAAUGUCUGAAAUUCAGUAAUAAUACUAAUAAUUACACCUUCAUUUGGGCAUGUUUUUUUAACCUAUAUUUUAUGUAUAGUUUGUCGAUUGAUAAAAUUAUAAUAUGGCUUGUUGAUUCAUGUUCAACAGCUACAACACACAUGCGCACAGGAAACUGACAUCAUGAACCAGCAGCAAUGUCUAACUUCAGUAUAUUGUGUGCUGGACUUCAGAAAUGUGCACAGCCUAGCCUAGGCUCGUGAAAUCACACUGGAAAGACACAGGUGGAUGUGGCCAAUGGGAAAUGGCACUGUAGUGUGAUGCAGCUCCACUCCAGUGAGGAUACCAGAUAAAAAAAAAGGCUGGGCUUUAACCGUGUGGGAGGGGCCACACCACACCUACCAAAACCUGUUUGAGACAUCAUAUGACGCAAUUGACAUCCAUGGGAAUCACCACUCUAUUUGUUAUUUUAACCUGCAUGUCAUUUAUAUGAACAUACAUGCAGAACAAAGCAAUGUUGUCAUUAUAAAGCAUGUUUUUUUUUUCCUGUACGUGUGCUCCUCAUUUUAAAAUAUGUUGUAUUUUUUGCAUGUAUUUUAUGAAUACAGACCAGAUUAUUGUGAUCCAGUAAAUGUACUUCUGUGAAAAUAAAGCCAAUUACCGCUGAUUGCAUUUGAAUGGGAGUUGAGGCCAGCUUAGAAAGAGAGAUUUCUGAACGAACUGCAGGGUGCAAAACACAGCAAAAAGCCUAAGAUUA